UCUAGCCAGUCCGCGGCUGUCUGUGCUCCGCGAAACGCGACUUCCGGAGUUCGUGAUUAAAUUCGAAAUCGACUGAACGAUUUUCGUAACCCUUCGAUUUGGGAAGAUCAUUGGACGUUACCUUUUCAGGACGGACAAGUACGAUAAUUUGCGAUCGUUCUGAAAACGAUCCCCAGAGGUGUCACGUCAGCGAAAAUCAAGAUUCCGCAUUGAACAUCGAAAGCUUCGGGGGAUGCGAAAACCGGUGGACGAUGUCGACAGGACCAACCUGGGGGUCAAGGUUGUUCCUCGCGUUCGCGACAACCACGAUCGUAAUCACCAAUUAUCAGUGCCACUGCGAGAGGACCCAUCUACGCGAGAAGCUUGUUAACGGCUACCGAACGAUGAGAAAUAUCACUGGUUUGCAAGAAGAAAUUUCUGCUAUAUUGCCACCACUAAGGAUACCUCGAUUGAGGCAUCACCGUGUAACUGAUUGGGAUCCUUAUUUCGAAAAUGCGGAAGGACAAGGAAUCAAUGGAUCACAAAACGUGGCAUUGCAUUUGGGAGCUACAGCUUUGUUAGAUUGUCGCGUUGCUAUGCUUGCCGGAAGAAAAGUCAUGUGGGUACGUCGAAACGACGACUGGGGCUCCCUUCUAACUCUGGGUAACAUGACUCACAUUUCCGACACAAGGUACAGCGUCAGUUUCCAGUAUCCAAAUAACUGGAGACUAGCGAUUGCUGGUGUACGAAGAGAAGACCGUGGCUUGUACAUCUGUCAAGUGAAUACACAUCCACCUAGAAUGCUGGUCACGAACGUCACCGUUCUUGCUCCGGAUAUAAAAAUUGUCGAUGAGGCCAGACACGAGUUACGUGAUCGUUAUUAUAAAACUGGAAGUGGAAUUGAACUUUUGUGUGUCGUAAGACCGUCUUGUCCAGACUCGAAAGUACCGCAUCCGGUAUGGAGGAAAAGUGGAGAGAAUUUAUCAAAUCGUGUUGACGUUUAUCAUAUUAACGGAUCGAAUGAGGAGGUGAUAACGAAGCUUCAUAUCGAACGAGCGAAAAAGACUGACAGUGGAGAAUAUGCCUGUUCCGUUGGACAAUUCAGCACGACAGUUGUUCACAUUCACGUUCUUAAUGGUGAGAAACAAGCGGCCGUUCAUCACGAUCAAUGGAACGCAGCGUGCACCGAUUAUUCCGAAGGAAAUGGCGAACUUUUCGUCGUAAUAACUGUCCUUCUAAUACUAUGUACUUUGACAAUGAAUUCCUUGUAAAUCGUGUUUCUUCGUUUAUACGACGUUACACAUAUGAAAGCAUGUACUUGCAUUCAUUCACGUAAAAAAGCUACGGCUUAAAACUCUACAGUUCAUUUCCGCGCAAUUUUCUUUCCUUUAACAUUUCUAAGUACUUCACGAUAUUAGAAAACGAAGUACCGUACUGUGGUCAUACAUGCGAGCUACGAAGAUUUUUCUCGAUCAAGCAAGUGAAUUAAAGAACGUUAUUAUAAGUGUGAAAAUUGAAAAAGUUAAUCUUUAUUAUAUAUAUUUUUUUUUCUUUUUUUUUCUUCUUUACAUAGAGAGUAAAUCAGUGAUCAUUGAAAAAAAUUGUUCAUAUAAUAUAUAAGGAAAUCAUUGAAUGUAUCUACAAUCUCAUAUCAAAUAUUCCUAUCAACAAUAAUUAUUCAUUCAGAGAAAGUAAACUUAUUUGCAUUACCUUUCACUUUUACUGGCUUGAUUGAAAAUCUCGACUAUCUUGAAUAAUUUGAAUCGAUGAAAUUAUUUUUCUCUUACGACGAUGAUAACCAUAUUUUAAGAUUAUUGUUUCGACAUAUGAAAAAUUAAAUAUAAAUGAGUGUACAUGAAUGUUGAAUAAAUACUUGGACACAACUACUUUCACUAUAUUAUUAGAUUCGUUGAAAAGGAAAAACGAUCUUGACAAAUCGAUACGUACUUCGAGUGAAAAAUAACAGUAUUAUUUGAAAUUUCCGUGAAGAUGGUUUAAUUGAUAUUAUAAAUAUAUACAUAUAUAUAUAUAUAUAUAUAUAUAUAUAUAUAUAUAUGUAUAAAUGUAUAUGUAAGGAACUUGUAUAUAAGAUAAAAUGUUCAUUGUACCGUAAGAAAACGUUCAAAAUUGCGACCGAACGAACGUUUUCAAGUUAUAUGUAUGUAUGUACGAAACGAUAUGAAAUGUAAAUGUAAAAAUAUGAAAGUUUUAAAAAAAAUAUUUCGCAAUAAGUUUCGUUCUUAAGGAGUUACCGAUAUCUUAAAAAUAUUAAAUGGAUGAAUAAACUGUUUUUAAAUCCACUCGCGAUCUCAUAAAAUAAAGAGCUACGAAUAA